AUGGUCGAAACCACGCCCAAAAAGUCAAAGCCCGAGCGACUGGCCCGGGAACCCGAUGUAGAUGUGUCUCCUAGCACCGUCGUGAAUUCGCAAUUCAACCGCGGUGGAGCUCUGGCUUGGGAGACUCCGGAAUUUGGCGACUAUCGCAAGGACUUGUCGUGUCUCGAGUCCAGUGGUAGUGUGCCCUCCAUCUCGCGCCAACAGCCCUCAGAUCAUACUCCGCCGCCAUUUGGUCGCAACAAUCGUCCUUCGCAUCUCUCAUCCAAUCUUUUCAAUAACUCUUUCUACAACUCCUCCAGCGAUGAUCUUCCUCAGAUGUCCCCAGGCUUCAUCCCGCAGAAUGGCAACAACCUGUCGCUCGAUUGGACUGGCGAGGACCGAAGGCCAUCUGUGGCCAGUACGACGACCAUGUCCUCGACGGGCUCCUCCAAACGCAGCAUCACUGGCAAGUUUCACAAGAAGCUGCAAGGCUUCUUCGGCGAAGACUUUGAUCCGAAUGCGCCGCCGCCCAAGGAACCACCCGGUCAACCAGAUCCUCGAGAUCCGCGAGGGCGCAACCCAUCCAACGCUACACAAGUCACCCAGACGACCCGUGCUGGAAGUCCCACGGCAUCACGCCCACGCACCCCGAACACCUGUAGUGAAGUGACGCCGUGGGAUUUCGAGCCUGCCCCGGCAAACUUUCACACGCAGCCGACGCAAUCCUCGAACGUUCCUUCCCAGCAGUCACAGCAGCAGCAACUGCCGACGCGGAAAGAAAAAGGCUCCGUAUCCAGCCAUCACCAUCACCAUCGUCUUCGUCUUCCCGGCCACAAGCACAAGACCAGUCUUGAAGAUAUCGAUGACAGCGCUUCGGUCAUGAGUGGCCGUCCUGGCACCGUCCGCAAGGAGUCAAUCAUGCCGACAAACUCUAAUGGAGCCCGUACACGCGCGACAAGUCCUUCCCCUAGCAUGAAGAGUAUGAUGAGCGCCCAGCAAAGCCACUCCGGCGACACACACUUUGGCCAACGCUCGCCCGGCACAUCAACACAAAGCGCGAAACGCUCUUUGUUCGAUCGCGUUACUGGUCGCAAGAAACACGACAGAACCGCAGAGCCGACUUUGAAGAGCAUGCCGUCCUCUACUGGCUCCCUCUCUCAGACACCUACAGCACCCGCUGGCAGAAAGAAGGGUCCGAUAGGGCCGGACGGAAAGCCAAUGGCCUUGGGCUUGACGAAGAAAGAACACACAAGGAUACCCUUCAAAGGACCUAGGCGUGCCGAGCCAAGCGCAGAGUUCAACCCGAAGGAUCCAAACGCUCCAAGACCCGAGGCCGUCCGCAACGCAUCCGCUUUGUGGCAUCUGGAUACCGAUAUGAGCCAGAUGGAAGGAAUUGUCAAUCGAAGCCAACCCAUGACACCGCCCGUUACUAGCGAGAUCUUCACUGGCUUCCCCGGCAUGGAGCCUCACAAACCUGCAGAAGAAGAAACUGGUACUUGGGAGGUGCCUGACAGUUGGGCUGUCAAAAGAGUUCCUGAUCAGAAUGUCGCCGCUCUGAGGGAAGUUGACGAAGAAGGUCAAGUGCCUCGAGACGAGGAUCCAGGUCCGAUGUACUUCAUGCGCAUCUUCCGAGCCGACAGCACAUUCGCCGUCAUAUCCGCUGGAUUGAACACCACCGCCGGCGAACUUAUUCAGAUGAUGGCCAAAAAGACUUUCUUGCAAGACGAGCUUGACACCUAUCAGAUCGUCAUGCGGAAGACUGGCUCGAGCCGCAUUCUCGCUGGCGGUGAACGUCCUUUAGCGAUACAGAAGCAUAUGCUGGAGAUGGCCGGCUACAACGAGAAAGAUAGGCCAGAAGAUCUGGGUCGCGAGGACCACGGCUACCUCGUGCGAUUCACUUUCUUGCCUGGAAAGUUAAGCGGCUACUCGAGCUUGGAUCGUGAUCCUGGAUUCACCAAGAUGCAAAAAUUCAACCACAUCGACCUCGCAGGUCGCGACCUGGUCACGAUUCCCAUCGCUCUGUACCAGAAAGCUACCGAGAUCAUCACAUUGAACUUGUCCAAGAACUUGUCUCUCGACAUUCCCAAGGACUUUAUUCAAAGCUGCAGCAAUCUUCGCGAGAUCAAAUAUACAAGUAACGAAGCCUGGAAACUGCCUGCAAGUAUCUGCCUGGCUUCAAGACUGACAAUGCUCGACGUCUCGAACAACAGGCUCGAGCAGAUGCAACACGCAGACUUACACAAACUGCACAAUCUUGUCAGUCUCAAGCUGUCCAACAAUAAGCUGACAAGUCUGCCCGCCUACUUUGGCUGCUACCAGGCUCUCCGCAGCUUGAACUUGGCCUCUAACAAUCUUGACACCUUCCCCGACUUCCUUUGCGAGCUCAGAACUGUUGUCGACUUGGACAUAAGUUUCAACGGUAUCUCAGCGCUACCAAAGGUUGGCAAGCUCGUCAAUCUGGAGCGAUUGUUCGCCACAAACAAUAAGCUCUCUGGUGCAUUCCCUGAGACUUUCAAACAGCUUGUCAAACUGACGCAGAUUGACAUUCGCUUCAAUGCUCUGGACAACAUCGAUGUCAUGGCUCAUCUGCCCCAGCUGGAGCACCUCUUAGUCGGUCACAAUAGCAUUGCCGCAUACGAGGCUUCUUUCCAUCGCAUCAAGGUUCUUUCCCUCGAUCACAACCCUGUCACACGCUUCGGUCUCACAGGUCCUGUGCCAACGCUUUCGGUGUUAAAUCUUGCUUCCGCCAAGCUGACGCAACUACCCGAUGAUCUGUUUGCGAAGAUCUCGAACAUCUCGAAGUUGGUCCUUGACAAGAAUCAUUUCACUGCACUCUCGCCCCUGAUCGGCAAGCUGACCAAGUUGGAACACUUGAGUGUAGCCAAGAACAUGUUGAACAAUCUGCCUUCGGACAUUGGCAGGUUGCAAGAUCUGAAAUAUCUCGACAUUCGAGAGAACAACCUCAGCAGACUGCCACAGGAGAUUUGGUACGCUCGUAAGCUAGAGUCGCUGAACAUUGCUUCCAAUGUCCUGAACGAGUUCCCAAAACCUGGUGCGCCUCCGCCAACACUGCUAUCAGAAGUUUCUACACCCGUCACUACGACUGGUGGCCCAAGCACUCCUGAUUUCGAUGAGCUCGGUAAACUCGAGGCCUUCCAGCUCAGAAGACCUAGUCAAGUCGGCCACAGCUUGAUCCCGGGCGGCUCACCAGCUGGUCGUAAGGCAUCCAUCGCGUCAAGCUACGGCGCUCAAACAAGGCACCCCUCUUUAGCUCCCAGAGGAUCAACCGAGUCUGGACUCAGCAGUGCUGCUGCUACGCCCGGGCCUCGCAAGGACUCUACCAUGUCAAACAGACUUGCUUCUACCUUCGCUCACACCCUGCGUCAUUUGAUUCUGGCAGAUAAUCGUCUUUCCGACGACGUAUUCGAUGAGCUCGUUCUCCUGCCCGAGCUCCGCAUCCUGAACUUGUCAUACAACGAACUGUAUGACAUCCCGCCGCGAACCAUCCGAAGGUGGCCCAAUCUGCAGGAACUAUAUCUAUCCGGCAACGACUUGUCUGCGCUACCAGCCGAGGACUUCGAGGAAGGGUCAGGUUUGAGAGUGCUACAUCUGAACAGUAACAGAUUCAAUGUCUUGCCCGCGGAACUUGGCAAAAUUCAGAAGCUUCAGACUCUAGAUGUUGGCAGUAACGCACUCAAGUACAACGUCUCGAACUGGCCGUAUGACUGGAAUUGGAACUGGAAUCACCAAUUGAGAUAUCUCAACAUGUCUGGCAAUAAGCGUCUCGAAAUCAAGCCCAACGUUAAUGUUGUACCGGGACGCGAGACACGAGACUUGACGGACUUCUCUACCCUACAGCAUUUGCGGAUUCUCGGCCUCAUGGAUGUGACAUUGACUAUUCCCUCUGUCCCGGACCAAGGUCCUGACAGACGUGUGCGUACCGCCGGAUCCAUCAUCGGCACACACAUUCCUUACGGUAUGGCUGAUACUCUUGGACGCCAUGAGCAUUUGUCAACUUUGGAUAUGGUCAUUCCCAGUUUUGGUGGCAAUGAAGAUCGACUGUUGUUUGGUAUGUUUGACGGACACAACCUGAACACCGGUGGCAGCAAGGUUGCAAAGUUCCUGUACGAGAAGUUUAGACAUCACUUUGCAGAUGAGCUUGCGAAAAUCCAAGAUGGCGACGACUCACCUCUGGACGCGCUAAGGCGAGCGUAUCUUUCUCUCAACAAAGACCUCGCCACAGCAGCCACCCAAGCGCUCGAGGCUCGCGCUCACCCAAGUGCUGCUCUGCUCCACAGAGGAAGCGUGACUGGCUUGGAGCUAGACGAAGACGAUAUGGUCUCAGGAGCUGUGGCUACUAUCAUGUAUCUACAAGGCAUGGAAUUAUACGUGUCCAAUGUCGGCGAUGCUCAGGCAUUGUUGAUUGAUUCAGAAGGCGGUCACCGGAUUAUCACGCGCAAACAUGCACCUGCUGAAGCAGACGAGCGUAUCCGAAUCAGAGAAGCUGGAGGUUAUGUCUCCAGACAAGGAAAGCUUAACGAUGCUCUUGAAGUCUCGAGAGCAUUUGGUUUUGUACAGCAUCUGCCUGGUGUCAUUGCUUGCCCACAUACAGCCCGCAUAUCACUCAAGGAGUCAGAUGAGAUUAUCGUCAUUGCUUCUCGUGAGCUUUGGGACUACUUGACCAUGGACUUUGCGGUCGAUGUCGCUCGCUCUGAGCGCGGUGAUUUGAUGCGAGCUGCACAAAAGCUGCGUGACUUGGCCAUCGCAUUCGGCGCCACUGGUAAAAUCAUGGUCAUGAUGCUUGGCGUGAGCGACUUGCGCAAGAGGGAACGUGCUCGCUUCAGAACUCACAGCAUGAGUAUGGGACCGAGCGGCGCGCCCGACGAGCUCCUCACUACCUCGAGACGUCCCAAGCGUGGCCGCGACAAUGUGGGGGAUUCAAAGUUGGCCCGUCUCGAUCAAGAGAUCGACCCUCCCCAAGGCGAAGUCACGCUGGUAUUCACUGAUAUCAAGAACAGCACGAUGCUCUGGGAAUCAUACCCCAUCGCUAUGCGAAGUGCGAUAAAAUUGCACAACGAGCUGAUGAGAAGACAUCUGCGUAUCAUCGGUGGAUAUGAAGUCAAGACUGAAGGUGAUGCCUUCAUGGUAGCCUUCCAGACUGUUACUAGUGCACUGCUAUGGACAUUCACCAUUCAAAGUCAACUUUUAGAGGUCCCAUGGCCACAGGAAAUCCUCAACAGCAUCCACGGGCAAGAGGUUCUUGAUACUGAUGGCAACCGUAUCUUCCGUGGUCUGUCAGUCCGUAUGGGCAUUCACUUCGGUCGUCCUGUCUGUGAACAAGACCCUGUCACUGGCCGCAUGGAUUACUUCGGACCUAUGGUCAACAGAUCUGCACGUAUUCAGUCCGUCGCCGAUGGCGGUCAGAUCACGGUGUCCUCGGACUUCAUUGCAGAGAUCCAACGCCUGCUCGAAACACACAUCGAAACAGAUCGAAGCGGCUCUACUGGAUCGGACGAUACGAUGGGCGAUGAGAUGAUUGGAAAUGCCAUUCGUCGUGAAUUGCGAUCCCUCAGCAGUCAAGGAUUCGAGGUCAAGGAUCUUGGCCAGCGUAACCUCAAGGGCUUGGAAAAUCCUGAAUACAUCUACCUCAUGUACCCUCAUUCGCUAUCAGCGCGUUUGGUGGUUCAACAGCAGCAACAAGCGCAGGCAGAGCAAGUGAAAGCCGCCGCUGCUGCUGGACCCAACGGGCCCAAUGUCGGUAUUGAGUCGCCAACUGGAGAUGUCGCGAAGAAGAGCGCAGAUAGCCAGCUUAGCAUCGACACUGAUCACGUUUGGGACCUGUGGAAUGUGUCUCUGCGUCUCGAGAUGUUGUGCAGCAGUCUAGAGACCACAGGGUUGACUGCCCUGAAAGCGCCAGAGACUGCUCUGCUCGAACGCAUGAAGCAACGUGGCGGCGAGAUAACAGAUCGAUUCGUCAUUAACUUUGUCGAGCACCAAAUUAGCAGAAUCGAGACUUGCGUCACUACAUUGGCGCUUAGACACAUGGUCCAGCCUUUCAGACCUGGUAUGCUGAUGACCUCGAAGCCCAUGCAUGAGAUUCUGGGCGAAGUCACUGCAGCCAUGGCAGAACUCAAGAGACUCAAGGGCGAUGUCUCUAUGAACGACGCUUAA